AUGGCAUCGGAUGAUUCCAAAACCGAGGAACCGACGGAAGCGAAACCUGCUCCGGUGGUGUUUGGAUCCGGCGCGUCGACGAACCACGUCUUCGGUUCAAGCUCUUCGUUUGGAACAACGGGAGGAGGUACUGCGACGACGUUUAAUCCGUCCGCGUUUGCGUCUUCUUCGACGACGAAACCAGAAGAAGCGGCAGAAGAAGGCGAAGAUGAAGACGUCGAACGCGAGUGCACGAAAGAGUUCACCCCGGUGGUGAAACUGGAAAUCAUCGAAUCGAGCGAAACGAAAACGACCGGCGAGGAGAACGAAAACAUUCUGUUCGAAGCGAAAACGAAAGCGUAUCGAUUCUUAGAGGGCGAGUGGAAAGAACGAGGGUUAGGACCGAUGAAAAUACUCGAGCAUAAAGCGACGAAGAAGUGUCGAUUGUUGAUGCGAAGAGACAAGACGCUGAAAAUAUGCGCGAAUUUUUAUAUCGAUCCGGAGACGAAGGUGACGACGCACGCGGGGAGCGAAAAGGCGAGGGUGUUUACGACGAUGGAUUGUUCGGACGGGGACGAAGCGCCGGCGUUGCAGAACAUGUGCAUUAAGUUUGGGAGCGAGGAGAAGGCGCAGUUGUUUCAGGAUAAGUUUGAAGAGGCGCAGAAAAUUAUGGCGAGUUUGCCGAAAACGGAAGAAGAGGGGGAGAAAGAAGAGAAGGAGCAGGAAGGGAAGGAGAAGGCGGAAGAUUUAGCCGAUGAUUUAGCGGAGAAGUUGAGUGCCGCGAAAAAAGACGAGGAUUAA